AUCCCUGGGCGGAAGGAGCUAGAAGGCCUGAAGCAGCAUGAGUGAACCACAGAAUACCAACGAGUCUACUGAGGAAGAUGCUACUGAGUUGCAGUUUCCUAAAGAGUUUGAGAAAGCAGAGACCCUCUUGAUCUCUGAGGUCCACAUGCUGUUAGAACAUCGCAAACAGACAAAUGAAAAUGCAGAAGAAGAACAAGAACUUAAUGAGAGAUUCAUGAAGACCUUGAAUUACUGUGAAAGGUUCUCCAAGUUUAAGAACAGAGCGACGAUUAAGGCCAUUCGUGAACUUCUGAACCAGAAGAAGCUGCACAAAUUUGAACUGGCAGCGCUUGCCAACCUCUGUCCAGAGACACCUGAAGAAGCCAAAGCUCUCAUUCCCAGUUUGGAAGGACGUUUUGAGGAUGAAGAGCUGCGUGUGUUGCUAGAGGACAUGGCAACACAGAGAAGCUUUCAGUAUUAGGAUGUACUUUGUGAGCAGAAGCAUUUUGUAUUACUGAACCCCUCAGUAGGGAAAGACGUAAUGUUACUUUUGUCUUGUCAUGGGUGGCUAACAUAAUUUUACAUUUUGAGGGAUUGUAUGACUGUUUUGGGAAGUGUGUUUAAUUAGUAUUUGGCAUCACUGCUUACCAGCCAUCUUUGCUCAGUUUCUUAAUAACUGAAUUAGUUUGUAUCUUAGCCACACUCAAUAGAAAUGUAGGGCUAAAUCAUGACAUCGGACCGCUUAUGAUUAGUCACUGUCUUGUGUAACCUCAAAACCUGUCGGUAGUUUUGUUCUCUUUAUCGUUAUGAUUGCAUAGUUGGCCCUAGCCUGCUGAUAAGUGAAUUGAAAAGAAUAGCAAUUAUUUCUCUCUACAUGAAAAUAGAAUAAGUUCAUGGAGAUUGUAUGCCAUUUUUAUGUUUUUGUGUCAUUGAUAGUCAGACACUUAUAUAUAAAGUUAUUAAUUUGUAUUAAGUAACAUUAUUCUUACGAAAACUUGUACCAUAAAGUUUUGCAGACUAAAAUCAGUAUGAUGAGGGUUUGAAGUAAUGAAAAAUAUUGUGUAAAUGUUACAGCAUUUGCUGUAUUUUUUUUUUUUCGCUAUUUUUUAUACAUGGUCAGAAAGACUCUAGGGUAGUACCAAUCUUUAAUGAAGGAAAUGCUUUGCGAGACGGAUGUAUUUAUUAAGAAAAAAAAAUUCUAGUACAACUAAAGCAUUUA